UGCCGUCAUCGCCUUUGCCAAUGUGGCUAGGGUACUGCAAGCUUCAAGUGGAAAGGGACCGUGAGAAGAGAGAAAGGAGAGCAGACUGCCCAAAGGUGGUGGAAACCACAUCCUUCAUCCCUCUUCCCCCCUUAUCUGCUCUAUCAGAGCCUAUCUCACCUUCCCACAUAGGACAGCUCUGGGUAAAUCUCUUCUCUAACUUUUAUCCUGAGGAUUGUGGCUCCUGUUCCACUACAGAUUAUUGAGGGGCAUCAGCUGGCUUCAGUUUCUAUUUCCAGUUUCAACAGAAUCCCAGUGAAGGAUCAUUUUUAUGAUGGAAAAUUCACCCAAAGAAAAUACCCAACUAUUCUCAAAAUCUGAACGACCCAUAGACAGGACUCCUUUUAAAUCAGAGUCAUCUAUUUCAGAAGGAAAACAACCUUGCUGUGGAGAACUAAAGGUAUUUCUCUGUGCAUUAUCUUUUGUUUAUUUUGCCAAAGCCUUGUCAGAAGGCUAUCUGAAGAGCACAAUCACUCAAAUAGAAAGACGAUUUGAAAUCCCUAGUUCUUUGAUUGGUGUUAUUGAUGGCAGCUUUGAAAUUGGGAAUCUUUUAGUGAUAACCUUUGUUAGUUACUUUGGAGCCAAACUUCAUAGGCCGAAGAUAAUUGGAACAGGAUGCCUAAUUAUGGGAGUUGGAACUUUGCUUAUUGCUAUGCCUCACUUCUUCAUGGGACAUUACAGUUAUGAAAAAUUUUCUCCUUCCAAUUCCACCAUCACUAUUUCUCCAUGCCUACGAGACCUCAAUGAAAAAAUAUCACUUUCAGUUAUGGAAAGAUCUCAAUCUAACAUAAAUACAGGAUGUGAAACAGAAACUCGAACCUCCAUGUGGGUUUAUGUUUUUCUGGGAAAUCUCCUCCGUGGAAUAGGAGAAACUCCCAUUCAGCCUCUGGGAAUUACCUAUAUUGAUGACCAUGCCAGUGAGGACAAUGCUGCAUUUUAUAUUGGGUGUGUGCAGACGGUUGCAAUUAUUGGACCAAUAUUUGGAUUUCUUUUAGGCUCACUAUGUGCCAAACUAUAUGUUGACAUUGGCUUUGUAAACCUAGACAACCUAGCCAUUACUCCAAAGGAUACACAAUGGGUAGGUGCCUGGUGGCUAGGUUAUUUAAUAGCAGGUGCCCUAAGUCUUAUUGCAGCUGUACCUUUCUGGUUCUUGCCAAAGAGUCUCAUGAAACCUGUAAGCAGGAAAGAUUCCAUUUCUUCUUCUGAAAAAUCAAAGUUUAUUGUUGAAAAUCCUAAAGAAUAUCACAUACACUAUCAGGAGAAAGUGACAAUGCUAGAAAUGGCAAGAGAUUUUCUACCUUCUCUGAAGAGGCUUUUUGGAAAUCCAGUGUACUUUUUAUACUUGUGUGCAAGCACUGUUCAAUUUAAUUCUUUAUUUGGAAUGUUCACAUACAAACCCAAAUAUAUUGAACAACAGUAUGGACAAUCAUCUUCGAAGACAAAUUUUGUUAUAGGACUUAUCAACAUUCCUGCAGUAGCCUUUGGAAUAUUCUCGGGGGGACUAAUUAUGAAAAAAUUCAGAAUCAGUGUAUUUGGAGCUUCAAAACUCUAUCUGGCAUCUUCAUUUUUUGGUUACCUUCUACUGCUUUCCCUGUUUGCAAUGGGCUGUGAUAAUUCUGAUGUGGCUGGCCUAACUGUCUCCUACCAAGGAACCAGACAAGUCUCUUAUUAUGAACGAGCCCUCUUUUCAAGUUGCAAUUCAGGAUGCAUGUGUUCAAAGACAGAAUGGGAUCCUAUAUGUGGAGAAAAUGGAAUCACCUAUGCAUCUGCUUGUCUUGCUGGUUGCCAAACUUCCACUGGAAGUGGAAAAAACACUAUAUUUUACAAUUGCACAUGUGUAGGAGUUACAGAGUCUAAAUCAGGAAAUUCCUCAGGAAUGGUGGGCAGAUGUGAAAAAGACGAUGAAUGUUCAAAAAUGUUUCUAUAUUUCCUGAUAAUAUCAGUCAUCACUUCCUAUACUUUAUCUGUAGGUGGCAUACCCGGUUAUAUAUUGCUUCUGAGGUCUAUUAAACCACACUUCAAGUCUUUUGCCUUGGGAAUCUACACUUUAGCAAUACGCGUCUUUGCAGGAAUCCCAGCUCCAAUAUACUUCGGAUUGUUGAUAGACACAACAUGUCUUAAAUGGGGAAGUAAAAGAUGUGGAUAUCGAGGAGCCUGCAGAUUAUAUGACUCUUAUGGUUUUAGAUACAUAUAUCUGGGCUUAACUGUAUUACUGGGCACCAUAUCUAUUUUCCUAAGCAUUGCAAUGCUUUUUGUUUUAAAGAGAAAGUCUGUUUCUAAUACUGAAAACCUUACAAACGAUAAUGAAGCCACACUGGAAUCUACAAGUAGUAAGAAAGAACAUCAUACUAAUAAUGAUUAUAUUUCUGAGACUCCCUAUUGGCCUGGCAAAGAAACACAGCUUUAGAAAGAAGUAAAUUCCUUGAGGCAAAAGACUAUUGCAUUUUUGCAUCUAUAUCUAUAAUAAUUAACACAGGUAUGCAUAGGUAUGUAAUAAAUAUUUGAUGAUGGAAUAAUGUCAAUUUGGAGAUAGUGUUUUUCAACAUUCAAGGCUGAUUCAUGAUAUGUGUAACUCUCUUCAUGUCAACAUUUUUUUAUGUAUAAUUAUAAAUGUAAAUAUUGAUUUAGAUAUUUUUUGAUACCAAAUAUAAUAAAAUGAAUCUUUAGAAAUUCUGAUGAGGAAGUGAAAAAGAAAACUUUUUCUUCUUAAAAGAAACCAUGAAACUUUACACAUCAAUUCUUACCUUGAGCCAUUUAUGCUUUCUGAAUUUGGUUUUGUGCCUAACCAAAAUUGAUUAAUUUCCAAAAGAACCUUUAUUUUAAAAUAAUAUUGUCUAAUUUUAACUUGUUAAGUGUUUCAUUAAGCUUUCCUUGCACAUAACCCUAAAAAAUAUAUAUAUAUUUUGAAAUUAAAUUGAAUUGAAAUUUGAUAAACAACUUGCUUUUUAAAAUUGAAAUACACUUUUGAGAUAACAGAUAAAGAAUUUCUUGCUAGUGACUACUUCAAUUCAACAAACUAUGAUAAAACUUUUGAAUUGUAUUCCAUUUGAAAUUUUUA